CCCGGUAGCGCCGAUGGCGGCGGGAGUGGCGGCGCCGUGCGGCGACCACGGGCCGCGCUGGGCGCUGCCGCUGCGCCCGCCGCUCUGCCUCGCCUGCGCCGUGGAGACCCUGGGCGACGGCAGCGCCUCGCUGGUGCGCAAGAAGCACGUCCUGUCCCGUCUCCAGGAUGCCCUGGCCUGGCAGGCGCUGUCAGCCGUCCAGCUGCUGGCACCAGACGAGAGGGUGUGCAUGCAUUUGAUAGGAACUCUCUUUGGGAUGUUGCAUUCUGUGGAAGACAGCAGUGCCCUGAACCUAUUAGUUGAAGUUCUGGUGAGGCUUGUGGAGCUGAAGUCAGAACAGUACUUAUACUGCAUUUUGGAUGAAAGUCAGAAGGAGCUGUGCAAAGCAACUACCAUGAGAAGCAGCCUGCCCACAUUUUCUCUCUUGGGCAAGCUGGCAGAUGCCAUUCCAGGCUUUGCUGAUACUCUGGUGGUAAAGCACAAUAAUUUAGUGGAUCAUCUGCUGAUGGGCUUGACAUACCCAAAUGAAAGUAUAAAAGCUGCUGUCUGCUACUUGUAUGGCAAACUGUACUCCUCCCCUGCUGGCGCAGAACGGCUCUCAGGACACUUUGAAGAAAGGCUGUGUGGUGUCUUCUUGAAUACUCUGGGGUGUGCACAGACAAAGGAGCUGCAGGUUAAUUGUUUGGGUUUGCUAAAGGAGCUGCUGAAAUCUGACCAUUUUGUAUCUAUUCUUAUGAAUAAUGCAAAGGCAGAGGAGGAGACUGAGAACCCUAACUUUUUAGAAGGGGAAAAUCCACUGCCACUGGUUCUCAAAAAGCUCUUGUUAACCAGAGAUGAGAUGUUACAGGCAGCGAGUUCUCACUGUAUGGCUGCAGUGCUGGUUCACUCUCCUAGCAGAUAUGCUCCUGCUUUUAUCCAUGCAGAUGUCCCAGAGUUCCUCUUUGAGUGUCUCUUGUGCAAAAGUGAAAUCCUCAUCUGGUCAGUGUACUGCUGCCUGCUCCUCCUGACUGAAGAGCGCCUUUUCUUCUCCAAGUGUCACACUGUGUAUGGCAUUGAAUCUCUAGUGAGGAGUCUCCAAGGUGUCCUGCUGCUGAACAAUGUGGAGUUGCACAAACAAGGGCUCCUGCUCUUCACUGAAAUACUGAAACGGCAGCCAGUGGAAAUCAAAUUGUUCACAAACCGAGGCGUAUGUAUAGAAGCCAUUGAUGUUUUGAUGGAGACAGUGAACUGCCCGGUGCUGGAGGUGGCGGUGGAGGCUGUGAAGGCUGUGGCCGCUUUCCUUAGGAAGGACCAUCUGAGCUCCCCUCCAGUCCCAUAUGAGGAACUGCAGAAGCUUCUGGAGGCAGUGCUGAAGCGAUGUGCUGACCUUUCCCCACCACAGAGUAGUAAGAGGCAUGCAGGCGAUCUCCUAUUCUCAGUGUCUCAGAGUCACUCGGCAAACAGAAAUCUUGGUAGAGUUCCUCAGAGACAGGGUCAGUUCUUGCUCAAUACUCUGGAAAGUUUCAGAAAUGCUUGCAGGUUAGCAGUGGAAUUCCAAGGUGACUUCAUGGCCCAGGAGAAUGCUUUCACUGCCCCCAGCUCUGAGAGCAAAGACACACUAAGCAACUUCUCUGAGUUCCUGUUGAGGAUUUGUGACAGUCUCUGCAUCCCCAUGGUCAUGAGCUAUCUGGAAAGGGCUGUCAGCCCCUCAGUGACGGAGGUUUUCAUCUCAACACUCAAUACCCUCUUUACAGUGGUGCCAAGCAUGCGGAAUAAGUUCUCCAAGAAGCUGGCAUCCUCGUCUUUCAUCCGACUGACGCUGGAGCUGAAGGCCAGAUUUUGCUCUGUACAGAGUAAUCCUGCCCUGAAUCACACCUGUUCCAGCUUCCUCUGCAGCUUAUGCCUGAACCUUUACUCAGCCACAGAGAAGACGAGAACUUCUUCUCAGGAGGAACAGGAGAUGUCUGAGCUCCUGCAGAAGGGUCUGCCUCAGUUAAACUACACCAUUGCUGAAAGCCUUCUCCUCCUGUCUGAAACCCCUGAGCCUUUCUUUUUGGAUCAGUCCCUUUGCAGCCACCAGCACUGUUUCAUACUACUCUUAUACUUUGCCUACACCUUUGGGGACAGGUUUGUCCCAGAUGCAGAAUUAUUUCUAGCUGCAAGAAAUUUUCUCCUGUCAGCACAGGACCAUGGAGACUGUCCCCCUCCACACAUACUCAGAGCUGCACUUUACCUCCUUGCUGUCUGUCAGGACAAAGGCAAAGCCCUGGACAUGAGGUCUUUAUCUACCAUAAGAAGGAUCCUGGAUAAUCUUCCAGAUCUGAGCUUGGUCUAUGUCCACUGUCCUCUCCUGCUGAAAUUCUUCCUGCGCUAUCCUGAACUCAUGGGGAGAUUUGGACACCAAGUCCUCCAACUCUGGUUUUCCUGGGAAGACUGCAAGCAGACUGAGGUUGAAGAAGCUGAUUUUGGCUCGUCCGAUCAGCUGAACAGUGCUAACCCAUUGCUUCCCAUUCUGAAGAGCAAUUCCAGCAUUUUGCUUAUUUUACUGGACCUGGUCUGCUCAAGCUCUGUGGAAGUGGCUUGGAAGGUGUUGAUGACUCUAAGGACCUUUCUGGAAAGAAAUGAGGAUGUCCUUGUCUGUGACCUCCUUCGGAGCCGAUUUUUACAGAUACUGCAGCAGCUGCUGGUUGAGAGCAGCUCAGCCACCCUACAAGCUAACAGGAACCUGCCUGUUUUGCUGAGCCUUCUUUUCCUGGUGCAGCUGCGGAGCAAGGGCAUAAGGGAGCUGGACAGCACAGACUUCAAGCUGCUUCACCAGGUCUGUAAUCUCUGUGGGAAAUGCAGGCCAAGGGACACUGACCUCCUGCAGCCAUCCUUGAAUUUUCUGUACUGGAGCCUUCAUCAGACAACACCUUGUAGUCAACAGAGAGCUGUGGCUGUGCUGCUCUCCAACGUGUCCUUGCUAGAACUCCUGCAGAAGGUUUUGGAAUGCACCUGGCUGUGGUCUCCUCCUUCCAGACCUGCCUACUUAUCAUCUGAAGAUGCCUUGCUGUGCUCUGGAUGGCUGUUGGUGGCAUCUCUUUUGCUUUAUCAGCAUCGCUACAAUACUGAGGUUCACCAGACACUCUCCGUAGACCUUACAGAAGUCCUGAAUGCAGUCAUCUUCAGGAAUAAGAAGCCAAUCCUGCUGUUAGUGAGCAUCAUGCAGUUCCUGAGAGCUGUCCUGCGACAGAACUUCUCCUCCUCCCUGGUGGUGAUUGUUGGCCAAAACACAGCCCCAAGUGCUACUCAACCACAGCCAUCAUCACUGCAGGACACUGCCCUGCACCCCCUUACCAUGCAGCAGGUCUUCUCGCUUGUUGUCAGUCUGCAGAACCUUCUGGUGCAUGUCCAGUUGCAGAAAGACUUGCUGCUCUCUCAGGCAGUGGUUGCCUGCCUAGAAACCUUAGUGGAAUACCUGCAUGUGAAGAACCAGGAUGUUGCUCUGCAUGUUGCUUCGCAGCCGUGGCACCGAUUCCUGCUCUUCACACUACUCAGUGGGGGCCAGAAGUCCUUUCUGCAGCCAGAAGUUCUCAGGCUGAUGACUUUGUUUGUGAGAUAUCAGAGCAGCAAUAUUAUUUCUCAAAAAGAAAUUAGCCAGAUUAUUCAGGAGGCAGCAGAAGCCAACAUAGCAGAGCUGCCUGAGGCCACGGCUCAUGCUCUUCACCUCUUCCUUUCUCAGAUUCAGAAUAGUCAUUACCAGGUGGAGCCAGAACAGUCAGAGAUCAUUCAGACCUUGCUGGAUCGGCUCCUGGGACAGAGGACCAUGUGUGUAAAGCAUCAGGACAUUGUGUAUCCUUUGACAGCUAAUGCGUGUGGCAGGUGUAACAGAGAUAGAAGGGACACUUAAUUUGCUGCUCCUUCUCUUGUUCCAGCUGAAGGCAAACAAAAUUGAAAAACUCUGAGUGGUACAGUGGCCAGUACUGAGUGGUUUCUACACUUGGCUAACUGUGGGAUGAAAGUCUUCAUCAUGUCCUAAUCUGAGAAGACAUUUCGGAAAUGAGGAGACAAUUGGGAUUAAAGAAGGCUCUGUGUGUUGGGCUUGCAUUCAUCUAUAAAGCAGAGAUGGUCUGAUGAAAGAGGGGCAGGCUUGGGAGUCUCUGGCUUAAAAGCAGUAACAAUCCCUGUAUUGAUUUCCCUGGAGGGUGAGCAAUGAGUUAAUCUCUGUUUGCAUGCUGUCUAGAGCCAGUAUGCCCAUUAAGUACUGGAAACCCAAAUAUGACUCAAGCACUUUCAAAAUGCAGAGAGCAUUUGGGAAUCACUGAGUGGAAUUACCAGAUUUUAUUCUGUUUGAGCCUAGUCUGCCACUGUGAAUUAAAUCCUCUUCUCUGGAGAUAGAGGCAGAGGCCACUCCCAGGUGCCUUGUGGAGAAAGAGGGAAACUGAUGCAGUAUCUGUUUUUUUCUCAAACUUUUUUUGCCUUCCUGUUUUCAUCAUGCUGCAUUGCCUCAGAUGUGUAGCAGUGAUGGAAGUGACCAUGGCAGUGAUUUCCUGUGGGUGUGGGCACUUCCUUCACUGUGGGGCACUGUCAUCAGCCAUGUGUAGGGUACGUGGUGGGUGGGGUGGUUGUCCUGUCAGGAGUAGCUUGUCCUCAUGCUUACCCCCAGUGUGAUACUACUGCUCUGUUGUGGAACAAUCAGAGGGCAAGUUGUCCUGGUGGAGGCCAUCGAGCCCCAUGAAGUCCCUCUCCACUCCAUUUUGCUUCUUUGUACAGAGAUGAAGGAAUUUGGAUGGGAGGUUUUCUUGCAUUGCUGAAGUUACUUUUCAUUUCUGACUUUUUUAAUGUAUUAAUAAACCUUCAAAUCUUGGUGGUUAGGAAGGAUCUUAGAUGCACUUGAAGUGCAGCAGUGGGGCUAUGUGACUAAGAUUGUCAUGGACAUGGAAGAC